AUGGCUUCCGUCGAGCCCGCAAACUCGGGCGAGCUCUCUGCCGCCCAGAAGCUCCUGCAGAAGCAUGCUCAGCACAUUCCACACGCCGUCACCAUUGAGGACGUCCCCGAUGCCGACCUCCCCAAGCCAGUCAAUGAUGCUUCGGGGUCCUGGGCCGCCCCCAUUACCUCUACCGCUGCCGGCAAGCAGAAGGAGAAACAGUCUUCGCUCGACACCCAAUCACACGAGCUCUUCCCCGAGCUCGGCGCCCCCAAGGGCAAGGCUGCCAACGUCGCCCCUAUCUGGAGCGCCAAGAAUGGUGCCCCUAAGCAGAAUGGCACCAACGGUACUCCUCCGAGCCCCCCUCCUCCCGUUUCUGCUACUGGUCCUACCUCUGCCGGUCAGGUUCCGCCUCCUGUCAUGUCUAUCCCCGGCCGCAAGGUCGAAUCUGUGACUCUCGAGCCUCAGUUCAUCAUGGAGCGUAGCAAACUCAAGAGACCCAUCCCGGAAAUCCUGCGAGACCUGAACCGCAAGUCUCGCGCCAACAUUACCAUGUCUAGUAUUAGCAACGGCCGUAUCAAGUUCGAUGCUACUGGUCCUCAAGAUGUUGCUCAGCAGGCACUCAAGGACCUAGUCACUCACAUUGGCCGACGCACUGUCAUUGAAGUUCCGAUUCCCUACUCCGCUCGCGCACACAUUAUUGGCAAGGGCGGUUCCGUGAUCAAGGCCUUGCAAGAGAAGACUGGUGCCAGGAUCCAGCUCCCCAAGGCCGACGAUACCCAGCAGCUCGACGAUAGCGAGGAUGCUACCAUCAAUGUUUCCGUUGAGGGUAAUGCGCUCUCUGCUGCGUCCGCUCGUAACGAGAUCCUCAAGAUUGCCCACGAGCGCUCGGCCGCUGCCCAGACCAAGGUCCGUGGUAUCCCCGCCGCUUUCUAUCCUUUCCUCGCCGGCCCAAGCAACUCGCUUGCUCAAGCUCUCGAGGAGGCGCACGGUGUCCAGAUUCGCAUCCCUCCCCACCAACACCUCAGCUCCGGACCUGCGCCCGUCCCGGCCGCCCCCGGCCAGCGCCCCGUUUUCCACCCCGCUGGCGCCGACGACGAGCACAUCCAACUCGCUGGUGAUCGUAUCGCCGUUCAAAAUGUUCGCGCCGAGAUUGAGAGACAGGUUGCCGAGCUUCACAAGCAGCUCGAGCUUGAACAGCUGUCGAUCCAGCGCGGCCGCCACCAGUUCAUUAUCGGCAACCGUGGUAUCCCUAUGGAGGAUUUCUUUGCUGAUACUGGUUGUGCCAUUCUCCUUCCUUCGGAUGAUGAAGAUGACCUGAUCACCAUUGUCGGCCCCCCCGACCAGGUCCAAGUUGGCGUUGAAAAGGCCAUGGAUCUUGCCAUGGGAAUGCAAAUGUCCAAUAUCGACCUGUCCAGAUUUCACCGCACUGCCCCCAGCGGUGCGGCUGUUCAUGCCGCCAAUAUCACCCGCUACCUUCGCGAGCGCCGCGAGAUCGACCGUAUUGAGAAGCUUUACAGCACCCAUAUCAACACACCAUUCUCUCAGGACGGCGCUCUGCCUUGGGAGCUUUACUCGCGAGAUGGAAAGAACGCCAUCCGUGCGCAGUCUGAGAUUACCGGCAUCAUCAACGGCCACCCGCCCGCUAGAAUGCAAAAUGUCAAUGUCGACCCUUUCUUCCACCAACACCUGCGAGUGGAUGUUUCUCCCCGUCUAAAGAAGGAGCACGGCGUGCAGCUGGUUAUUCCUGAAACCAGCGACCCUAGCGGCGCUGUGCUACUCGUUUUCGAAGGCCCCAGUGGUGCUGAAAGCGACUAUCAGCCGCCUCGUGUGAAGCCCUCCGAAGCUGAACUGGCUGAUUUCCAAAAGGGCCUUGCUGAUGCCCAGAAGUACAUUCUUGACUUGAUUGGCCAGCAGGAGAGCCUCACCAGUGUUGCCCUUGAUGUUCCCGCCAAGUUCCAUGAGAAACUUCGCCGCUUUAUUAAGAAGGAGCAGGAGAACCGUGCUGCUAACCAGAUCCCCAUCCGUGUCACAAAGGCUGGCACUACCGUUACUCUCCGCGGCCCCAGCUCAGCUGUCAAUAGCCUUGCCGCCAAGGCAACUGCAUUUGUCGAGCAGGAGAAGCAGGACGAUAAGGAGCGCGGCUUCACCUUGUCGUUUGAGUUUCCUCAGAAGUACGCCAACCAUCUUAUUGGCAAGGGUGGCAGUAACAUCAAGGAGCUUCGUGACCGCUUCGAUGUGGAAAUUCAGGUGCAAGAUGGCAAAGUUGAGCUGAAAGGCCCUAAGGCCAAGGCUGAGACUGCCAGGACCUACAUCCAGAACCUAGGCCGGACUCUGGCUGACGAGACUUCUUACACUCUCAAGAUCGACCCCAAGUACCACCGUGAACUCAUCGGUACACAGGGCACUCAAAUCAACCGCCUUCAGAAUCGCUACAAGGUCCUUAUCUUCUUCCCUCGCUCUGCGAAGAACGCUUCCGAUGACCAGUCCAACGCCGAUGCUACAAGCGACGCUGGCAAGGCUCGUCGCCAGCAGGCCCCUGACGAAGUCAUCAUCCGUGGCCCCAAGAAGGGAGCUGACGAGGCCCGCGAUGAAAUAUUUUCUCUUCACAAAUACCUCGAGGAGCACUCCGCAAUUGCUACUGUCCCCAUUCAACAGAAGCAGGUUGGGUCCCUCAUUGGACAAGGCGGUGCAGCUCUUGAUGAGCUUCGCCAGCUGACUGGUGCUCGUAUCGACGUUCCUGCCGACCGUGAUACUGAUACGGUGGAGAUCUCGAUCAAGGGUACCGCCUCGCAGGUCGCCAAGGCCAAGAAGGCGCUCGAGGAGAAGCGCGCUAUUUUCGACGACACUGUUGUCAAGACAGUCGAUGUCGAGAAGAAACACCAUCGUGCUCUGAUCGGAACUAGUGGUUCUGCCCUGCGCGAUAUUGUUGUUGGUGCUGGUGGAUCCGAUGACCGUCGUUCUCUGGCUAGAACAAUCCAAUUCCCGAAGCAGGAGGCUGAUGGCAACACUAUCAAGGUCGAAGGUCGCACUGAUAUUGUGGACAAGAUCAUUAAGCGCAUCGAGGAAAUCGUGGCUGAGCGUGACAGCCAGCUGACUGAUUUUAUUGACGUGCCUGUCGACCAGCACCGAACUCUUAUCGGUCGUGGUGGUGAGGCUAAGCGUCAGCUGGAGACUAAGCUGAGUGUCACUAUUGACGUCCCCCGCCAGGGCGAUGGCAAGACUGGAGUCAAAAUCUCUGGCCUUGCUGAGAACGUGUCCAAGGCGAAGGAGCACAUCGCUACUCUCCUUAAGUCGCAAGAAGGCGAGACUCUCCAGAUUCCUCGCAACGUUCACCACACCAUCUCCAAUGGCGGCCAGUUCUUCCGUCAGCUCCGCAACAACCACCAGGUCACAGUCGACCAUGCUGGUGAGAAGCUGCCUAGCAAGUCUGAGGCCGUAGCCCGCGAGACUAGCGGCGCUCUGCCUUUGAUUACCGACGAUGCCGACUCUACUGUCGAUGCCCAUUCUUGGCGUGUCGUCAAGACGGCCAGCGGCGAGUCUGGCGAUAUUCCCUGGGUUCUUCGUGGCAGCCCCGAGGGCGUUGCCAAGGCCAAGGAGCUGAUUGAUAAGGCACUAGCCCAGGCCAAGAAGCAGGAUGCUACGGGUUACCUGGUGCUUCCUGACCCCAAGACCUACCGAUUUGUCAUCGGCCAGGGCGGUUCCAAGGUGAACUCAAUCCGCCAACAGAGCAACUGCAAGAUCCAGGUGCCCCGUGACCAGGCCAAAGACGAGGCCAUUGAGAUUAUCGGCACGGAGGAGGGUGUUGAACAGGCCAAGGAGCUGAUCCUCGCUGCCAUCAAGGAGGGCCAGCGAAGCAGAGACUAG